UCCUUAAGGCGCAUGGAGUGAAGCACAACCGCAGCAGAUUAGAAACCUAGUAGUGAAGGAAGAGGGAGAUAAUUACGUCCGGACAGUGGUUGAUCUGAAGCCUGCCAUGAAUUCCAUUCUGUCCUACGAGAGCUUAGUCCACGCGGUGUCUGGAGCGGUAGGUAGCGUGACUGCUAUGACUAUCUUCUAUCCAUUAGACACUGCUCGUCUCAUAUUGCAAGUGGAUGAAAAGCGGAAGUCUCGCAGUGCUCCAGCUGUAUUGAUGGAAAUUAUAAAAGAAGAGGGCCUCCUUGCACCAUAUCGUGGAUGGUUUCCUGUCAUCUCCAGUCUCUGCUGCUCCAACUUUGUCUACUUUUACACAUUCAACAUUCUCAAGUCUUUAUGGUUAAAAGGCACUGCUCCAACGACCAGCAAAGAUUUGACUAUUGGCUUCAUUGCUGGCGUAGUUAAUGUCCUCGUCACAACUCCUCUGUGGGUGGUAAAUACAAGACUGAAACUUCAAGGCGCCAAGUUUAGAAGUGGUGCUAUAAAACCUACAACAUAUACUGGAAUUUCAGAUGCUUUUCAAAAGAUAGUGCAACAGGAGGGAGUGCUAGCACUUUGGAAUGGUACAUUACCUUCUCUACUUCUGGUUUUCAACCCAGCUAUCCAGUUCAUGUUCUAUGAAGGAUUAAAGCGUCAGCUCCUAAGGCAGCAGGCAGAGCUUUCUUCUUUUCAAGUGUUUGUAAUUGGAGCUAUUGCCAAAGCUAUUGCCACAGCAGUCACAUAUCCUUUGCAAACUGUGCAAUCAGUACUUCGGGGCAGAGAUGCCAGCAAAAGUGGGGAACCUUCACUAAAGAAGAAAUGUGCCAUCUGCAAGAAGCAGUUAGCCGGUCGUGUCAAAAGUGUACAGUUUGGCCAUGAAAAACUUAAUCCAGACAAACGGACAUUAGGAAGUUUGUUCAGUGUCAUUUAUCUUCUCAAGCAACGGAUUAGAUGCAUUAGUCCGGGAAUCCCUCCUGAGCCACCUAGUCCUUUCUCCAUGGAUCCUGAACAGAUUCCUGGAAGUUACAAGUUGCAACCCGGAGACUGGGUCCUGGUAAAGAAACAUGUCAGAAAGACACUGGAACCCAGAUUUGAGGGGCCUUACCAGGUACUGCUCACCACAGCUACCUCAGUGAAACUAGAGGGGAAAAAAGACUUGGAUACACGCAUCCCACUGUAAAAGAAUCACGAAUCCUGACCCACCUCCUGAACAAUGAUGAUAUCCUUUUUCAUUCUAUUCAUCAUAUGGGGGGGUUAUGUAAGCUCAGACAAAUGUUUCUACACAGAUGUGUGCCCAAAACCUCCGCUGAAAUGUCAUUAUUGGGAAUCACAUUCAGACAGAAGUCCUUUGGUCUUUUGGGUCAACUUAACCAAAGAACUUUAAGUAUAUGACUUUGAUUACUGUGAUGUUGCUGAUUGCAGAUGUAAUGAUUUGAUGACAAUACAGGAGUACAAACUGUUCCAAUACUAUAUCUGUGUUACUGAAGCAGGUAACUCUUACUUUUCCUCCUGUUCUAACGUCAUCACUAACACAGGUAGAUUGGGGAUAUAGGCCCCAAAAGGCUUUAAAAAGUAAGGAUAAACAGGGGAAGAACCUGAUACAUAGAAUGCGUUUAUUUGACAGAAAUGUGGGGAAAACUCGGCCCAGUGGUUGUCAGCUAUAUCCAAAUACUAUAACUUGCAAGGGUCCCCCAAAAUGUUACCCCCUGACCCUAACAUUGCAGAACCCACAAAGGACAGAUCUGGGCAUGUACGUACUCAGAAGUUACCCGUCAAAUUAUAGAAACUAUGCACCUUGGGGGCAGUUCUACCUAAAGGAUUUGGCAAGUAGGUUCAUUGGCCCCACUCCAACCCCUGGAAACCCCUUACUGCCCCUUGUUCGCAGUCAGGAGGGAAGGAAACCCUAUACAGUGAAAGAAACCUUAGUCACAGAAACUGGCUUUGCAGAUCGGAAUGUGUGGAUUGAUUGGGUGAGAUAUACUACAGCCCAGGCCAAUAGGAGUGCGUGUAUAACUUGUGCUGCAGCCCGGCCCCACCUAGGUACUGUUCCUCUGCAUCUCCCUCGAGAUCAUUUCACCUGUUUCCUUGGCCCAUACACCAACUCCACAUCUAAAGAGAGAGCCUGUGAAUGAUGGAAAAACCAGUACCCUCUUCUUAAUGAAGGCCCCAAGAUAAUUGGUAUUACUAUAUACAAGGGCAACUACACUUGUUUUGAGAUAGAGGGUAAGGAAGGAAAGGAGAUGGGAAAAUUCCCAGAAGGAUAUUGUGGUGAGAUAGUAAAUACCACUAGACAGGAGUAUAAAAUCCAUUUGGUGAAUCAAACCCAGGCUCUAGGAGAUAUAAUAUGAAUAUGUGCAGACAUGAAAUUGAGAACAAAAAUCGAGGUACAAUGGCAUGGUCAGUGUGCAUUAGCCAUGGUAUUGAUGCCCUUCCAUAUUUUCGAUAUCCCUGAUUGGAAGAAGGUUGUAAGUCAUAUACAGCAGUCUCCAUGAUCCCAGGAGCACAUAGGGACAAGGGAAAAACGGGAGACUAUUCCAGGUGGUAGUUUGGACGCCCAUGUAUAUAUAAAUGCUAUUGGAGUCUCGAGGGGGGUCCCUGAUGAAUUUAAGGCACAGAAUAAAGUUGCAGCAGGAUUUGAAUCUGUAUUCCCAAUAAUUGUGGUAAACAAAAAUGUGGAUUGGAUAAAUUAUAUCUACUAUAACCAGCAACGCUUUGUGAAUUACACUCGGGAUGCCCUAAAAGGUAUACUAGAACAAUUGGGUCCCACUAGUACUAUGGCAUUCCAGAACAGAAUGGCUUUGGACAUGUUGCUGGCAGAGAAAGGAGGAGUUUGCAAAAUGAUAGGAGAAACCUGCUGUACUGUCAUACCCGAUAAUCUAGGGUAGGUCAUGAGUGCUUUAAAGGGAUUGACCUCCCUAUCUGAAGAAUUAAAAAGGAAUUCGGGAAUAGACAAUUCAUGGGCAGAAGGGCUAGAGAACUGGUUCAAAAAUUGGAAGCAGAUGUUGUUGCAAAUUGGUAUCAUCAUCACUGUUUUGAUUUUGCUUGUUCAAAUUAUCUGCUGUAUUAUUCCCUGUGUAAAGAAAUUGUUCAACAAGGCAGUUGAUGAGGCCACACCAGAGAUGAUGAUGGGAGAAUUGUAUGAAGACUUCGAUCCAGAACAUCAGGAGCACUGAAGACCUACAGUCUCCCCAUAUAAUGUCAACGCCAGUUAGGGAAAGAUCAUCUGACUUCACCGUGCUCAAAUCCAGUGUCACGGGAGGCUGUUCGCUAGGAAUGGCUUAUCGUGGAAGCUGGUGAAGAGGAGGCAGAGCAUUGCUACAGAUGUUUAGGUUUAGGGAGAGAAUGAAAUUCAAGGGGGGACUGUUAAAGAUGUGUGAAUUUUAUUCAAUAUUUUUGUAUCUCAAGGAUUGUAAUGAGUUAACUUUUUCUACUUUCAAGUGCCUCCCACCCCUCUCUUUGUCUCAAGCUGGAGAAGAGAGGGGGGUAAAGAGCUGUGCUGUGGGCAAUGUCUGGUUUCUCAUCUUUCUACAGGUGUCCCAAGGGAGGUAUUGUCACAA